UCUCAGAGCCUCAAAUGUGCAAGAGGCAGCUGGAAAAAGCCACUUUUGACCACAGGAUCCUUUUUCCAGGAAGCACCUUGAAGGCGGAGGGUUCUGAGGAACCCCUGCACAGGCUGUUUACACAGCAGUUCACAAAGCCUUGGCGAGACACCUCCUCCCUCCUGGCCAGAGAACUGGGUGGAAGAGAUUUCAACCCACAGAGAAGGAAGGUCGCCAACCCUGCGCAGGAGAGAGACCAACCACCUUUGAGGCACAUCUCGGGCCUUUUCUGCUUUUAGACAGAACAUCUGUAGCUGCUUCCACAGGGCUGGGAGCCAGGCCUCAAGGAGAGACGAGCCAUGGACGCCCCACAGCCUCAGCAUUUGGGCACAGCACCUUAGGAGAGCCAAGGAUUGGACGGUUGGUCCACCACCUUCCACCAGGAGGGAAGGAGCUGAGAAGCGGGCCCUGAGCCCAGCCCACUUCCCUUUCCCAGCCCAGGUGGGCAUGGACCAGCAAUUGUAAGCAGCCAGAGCUGAUGCCUGGCCCCCAGGGGGCCAGAGGAGCCCCCACCAUGAGCCUGGGCAAGCUCUCGCCCGUGGGUUGGGCGUCCAGCUCGCAGGGAAAGAGGCGGCUGACAGCAGACAUGAUCAGCCCCCCACUUGGGGACUUCCGCCAUACCAUGCAUGUGGGCCGUGGCGGGGAUGUCUUUGGCGACACCUCUUUCCUCAGCAACCACGGUGGCAGCUCUGGGAGCACCCACCGCUCACCCCGAAGCUUCCUAGCCAAGAAGCUACAACUGGUGCGGAGGGUCGGGGCGCCCCCCCGGCGGAUGGCUUCCCCGCCUGCGCCCUCUCCUGCUCCGCCCGCCAUCUCCCCCAUCAUCAAGAAUGCCAUCUCCCUGCCCCAGCUCAACCAGGCCACCUACGACAGCCUCGUGGUGGGCAAGCUCAGCUUCGACGGCAGCCCUGCUGGCUCCACGGACAGCCGCUCAGGUUACGGCCUGGACUCCGGGUUCUGCACCAUCUCCCGCCUGCCCCACCAGGAAAAGCCUCAUGACCGAGACCACGAUAAUUCCUUCCCCUCUGAGCCCGAGCUUCGCCGCUCGGACUCUCUCUUGUCUUUCCGCCUUGACCUUGACCUUGGGCCCUCUCUCCUCAGUGAGCUGCUAGGGGUCAUGAGCCUCUCAGACGCCCCUGCACCUGAGACCCCUGUCCCUUUUGCAAACCCUUCAGCCACUGCCACAAAUUCCCCAGCUCCUGCCACAAACCCUUCAACCACUACCGCAAAUUCUCCAGCCCCCGCUGCAAACUCCCCAUGUCCUGCCACAAGCCCCCCAUCCCGUGGACACUACCCCAAUGGGGUAACUGCUGGGUUGAGCCCAAUGGCUGAGGUGAGGGCCAGCCCAGUGGGAGGGGGUCCCCGUGUACCCACUGACAUGGCCCUCGGCAGGCACUGGGGAACAGGCUGGGAUGGCAGCCGCCACUGUACUGAGAUGGAUGCUCAGCAGGAGCUGGUGGGGGUGCUGCCCCAGGCUCGGGCCUCCUUGGAGAGCCUGGAUGAAGAGUGGGGGGCACCCCAGGUAGGCAGCAGGGCCCCCGUGCCCAGCACAGUGCAAGCAAGCACCUUCGAGUUUGCUGAUGCUGAGGAUGAUGAAGUCAAGGUGUGAGUGGCCGGGGCAUGGGCUCACAACCUUGUCCAGCCUCAGGGCACCUCUUAUGAAGAGCCCAGGUGCAGAGCCAGCCCCUCACCCAACAGAGCUGGGUCCUCCCAGACCACAGAGGGGAGAACUCAAGUUAUCCCCAAACCCUCUCCAUCUCUGCAGGACAGACAUGGGAGGUAGGACAGGGAAGAUCAAGCUUGUUCUGGGACCUGAGUGUUCCCAGUGGCCCUGCUGGGCUUACUCACCUUCCCCCACUGCCACUCUGGACCCACUAGUCAUCCCUUAGCCCCUACCACGUGCCACCCCCACCGGCUGGAGGGCCUAGCCUCACAGUGUGGCCUUUGUGCCAGAGGAAGCUGUAUUUGUUGGGUAGGAGCCGGGGAGUGUACCACACAGGGCCAUUGUCUCGUAUCCCAAAGGGACCGCCUGCCCCCAGCUCACCCCAGAGCUGCACCCAGAGGGCCCUGCUGCGUCCCUCAGCUCCAUCCCAGGCUGCUUCCCUAAUGUUCCCACCCCAGUCUCCAACUUGUCCCAGAAGCCUUGGAGAAAGGUCAGGUGUGACCUCACAGGGGAGGAAUCUCACCUUCUUGUGUACCCCAGACCUGCCUUGGGCCUGAUUAAAAAAAGCCUUUUUUGACAAAA